UCUUCCAAAAAUUGAAAAUUCUAAUCUUUCUAUCCCUUUAUAUGAAACCAAAAAAUAAUCUCCCGUAGAACCAAAACUAAACAAUAAUUUGGCAAAAUGGUUUCCACCAAGAUUACGCUUCUAACACUUGUACCCAUUUUCUUCGUUUAUUCACAAGCCAUAAUCUUCGACAUCCACAACAACUGCUCCUACACCGUCUGGCCUGCCGCCGUCCCCGGCGGAGGCCGCCGCCUCGAUUCCGGGCAGACCUGGACCAUCGGGUACCGCGAAGGGCCCAAGAUCGCGAAGAUCUGGGCCCGGACCAACUGCUCCUUCGACUCCUCCGGCAGGGGCACCUGCCUGACCGGCGACUGCAACGGGCAGCUCCAGUGCCGGACCUACGGCGCGCCGCCGCACACCGUCGCCGAGUACGGGCUCAACUCGUUCGGGCGGAAGGAUUACUACGAUAUCUCGGUUAUGGAAGGAUUCAACGUGCCGAUGGAGUUCCGGCCGACCACGAACGGGUGCACCCGGCCGGUGAGAUGCGCGGCGGACAUCGUCGGCGAGUGCCCGAACGAGCUGAGGACUCCCGGCGGCUGCCAAAACCCCUGCACGGUGUUUAAAACGACGGAGUAUUGCUGCCACUCCGGGACUUGCCGGCCGACGGAUCUUUCCAGGUUUUUCAAGACGCGGUGCCGCGACGCCUUCACGUAUCCCCAGGACGACCCCACCAGCACCUUCACCUGCCCGCCGGCGACCAGUUACAGAGUUGUCUUCUGCCCUUAAGUUACUUGUAAUUAUAAUUGCAGAAAUAAUAUUAAUAUACAUAAAAGAAUUUACACAUAUACACGUACAGUGUAAUAGUGCAGUUACUUUGCAGUGAUGUGCAAUAAUUCAUGUGAUUUAAUUUAUAAUUGUAUUUUGCAAUGUUCGAUAAUAAAAUAGAAUAAGCGUGUUUGGUGUA